CCUCGCCCUCUGCACUGCAGGCCAUCUCCCCGCUGCACGCCUCCCGCCGCCACCUCCGCCAAUUACCGAAUCUGCAGGCUGACUGCCCUGUCUCCUUGUCACGUCUCUGCAGAUCAGUCCCUUACCCCUCCGGUUAGCCCGGUGUGAAAAUUGCUGGAUAACGGAAGUCAAUCCAGCCAUGGCGACUCCCUCUGCUGCCUUUGAGGCCCUUAUGAAUGGAGUGACAAGCUGGGAUGUCCCCGAAGAUGCCAUCCCAUGUGAACUGCUUCUAAUUGGAGAGGCCUCCUUCCCAGUGAUGGUGAAUGACAUGGGCCAGGUCCUCAUUGCUGCCUCCUCCUAUGGCCGAGGCCGCCUGGUGGUGGUGUCCCAUGAGGACUACUUGGUAGAAGCCCAGCUCGCUCCCUUUCUCCUCAAUGCAGUAGGUUGGCUCUGUUCUUCCCCAGGGGCUCCCAUUGGUGUACACCCAUCCCUGGGACCCCUGGCCAAAAUCCUUGAGGGUUCUGGGGUGGAGGCGAAGAUUGAGCCAGAAGUGAAAGACUCCCUGGGGGUUUACUGCAUUGAUGCCUACAAUGAAACCAUGACGGAAAAGUUGGUCAAGUUUAUGAAACGUGGAGGGGGUUUGCUUAUUGGAGGCCAGGCCUGGGACUGGGCUAACCAGGGCGAUGAUGAAAGGGUGCUUUUCACGUUCCCUGGCAACCUCGUGACCAGUGUGGCCGGCGUGUACUUCACCGACAACAAAGGGGACACAAGUUUCUUCAAAGUCUCCAAGAAGAUGCCCAAGAUUCCAGUCUUAGUUAGCUGUGAAGAUGACCUCUCCGAGGACAGAGAGGAGCUCCUGCACGGGAUUUCAGAGCUGGACAUCAGCAACUCGGAUUGCUUCCCCUCCCAGCUGCUAGUGCACGGGGCUCUAGCCUUUCCCCUGGGGUUAGAUUCCUACCAUGGCUGUGUCAUAGCAGCAGCCCGCUAUGGCCGGGGCCGGGUGGUCGUGACCGGCCACAAGGUAUUAUUCACCGUGAGCAAACUCGGCCCCUUUCUGCUCAAUGCCGUGCGCUGGCUGGACGGGGGCCGCCGAGGCAAGAUCGUGGUGCAGACAGAACUGAGGACACUGAGCGGCCUGCUCGCGGUGGGGGGCAUAGACACCAGCAUUGAGCCCCAUCUGACCAGUGAUGCGAGUGUCUACUGCUUUGAACCCGUGAGUGAUGUGGGGGUCAAAGAGCUGCAGGAGUUUGUAGCCGAGGGCGGGGGGCUGUUUGUUGGUGCCCAAGCCUGGUGGUGGGCCUUCAAGAACCCUGGAGUGUCCCCUUUGGCUCGGUUCCCAGGAAACCUCCUCCUCAACCCCUUUGGCAUCAGCAUCACAAGCCAAAGCCUCAAUCCAGGGCCCUUCCGUACGCCUAAAGCAGGGAUAAGGACCUAUCACUUCCGCUCCACUCUGGCCGAGUUCCAAGUUAUAAUGGGCAGGAAGAGAGGGAACGUGGAAAAGGGCUGGUUGGCCAAGCUGGGGCCGGACGGUGCAGCUUUCCUCCAGAUCCCCGCUGAAGAGAUCCCUGCCUACAUGUCUGUGCAUCGGCUCCUGAGGAAGCUGCUGAGUCGCUAUCGGCUCCCAGUUGCAACCCGAGAGAACCCCGUUAUCAAUGACUGCUGCAGGGGUGCUAUGCUUUCCCUGGCCACUGGCCUGGCCCACUCUGGAAGUGACCUCUCUCUGUUAGUGCCAGAAAUCGAAGACAUGUACAGCAGCCCCUAUCUGCGCCCCUUGGAGUCUCCUAUCACUGUUGAGGUCAACUGCAACAAUCCAGGCACCAGAUAUUGCUGGAUGAGCACUGGGCUCUACAUUCCUGGAAGGCAGAUUAUAGAGGUCUCACUGCCUGAAGCUGCUGCCUCUGCUGAUCUGAAGGUACAGAUUGGCUGCCACACUGAUAACUUGGCCAAGGCCAGCAAGCUGUCUCGAGCCCCUGUGGUGACUCGUCAGUGCUGUAUGGACAGGACCAUACUACCCAUCUCCUGCCUCUGGGGUGGCCUUCUCUAUGUCAUCGUGCCAAAGGGCAGCAAACUGGGCCCCAUAUCUGUCACCAUCAAGAGGGCUGUGCCUGCCCCGUACUACAAGCUGGGUAAGACAUCUCUGGAGGACUGGAAGAACUGUAUCCAGGAGAGCCCGGCUCCCUGGGGAGAGCUGGCAACAGACAAUAUCAUCUUGACGGUGCCGACUGCAAACCUGCGAGCCCUGGAGGACCCCGAGCCGGUGCUCUGCCUCUGGGAUGAGAUGAUGCAUGCGAUAGCCCAGCUAGCAGCCCGGCCUUUCCCUUUCUGCUGUCCUGAGAGGAUUGUUGCUGAUGUGCAGAUCUCAGCUGGCUGGAUGCACUCAGGAUACCCCAUCAUGUGCCACCUGGAGUCGGUGCAAGAGCUCAUCAGUGAGGCAGGCAUGAGGAGCACGGGUCUGUGGGGACCCAUCCAUGAGCUGGGUCACAACCAGCAGCAACAAGAGUGGGAGUUCCCACCACACACCACUGAGGCUACCUGCAACCUCUGGUCUGUCUAUGUGCAUGAAACGGUCCUGGGCAUCCCCAGGGCUAAGGCCCACCCUGCUCUGAGCCCUCCAGAACGAAAGCAGAGAAUCAUAACGCACCUGGGAAAGGGAGCGCCCCUGCAUGACUGGAAUGUGUGGACAGCUCUGGAAACAUACCUACAGCUCCAGGAGGCCUUUGGGUGGGAGCCAUUCACCCAGCUCUUUGCUGAGUACCAAACGCUUUCUGGCAUCCCCAAAGACAAGGAUGGCAAGAUGAAUCUGUGGGUGAAGAAGUUCUCUGAAAAGGUGCAGAAGAAUCUGGCUCCAUUCUUUGAGGCCUGGGGCUGGCCUGUCCAGAAGGAAGUGGCGAACAGCCUGGCCUGUUUGCCUGAGUGGCAGGAAAACCCCAUGCGGGUGUACAUGCAUCCUCAGAAGUAAACGAUGGCAGCAAGGUGGUGGGGGAGAGGCAGUUAAGUCAUAAGACAAAAUGAUACCAACGUUCUCAGGAAAAUGCCUUUGUUACUGUUCCCCUGUUUAUACUGUUGCUCUCACUGACUUGUUUCACCAUCCUAAUCCUCCAGCAGAGGAUCUUACAUCUGCCCAUUAAGGUCCUGCAGGCUCUCGGCUCCUACU